AUGGCGAUCGAGAGCCGGGCAACGCAGAUUGCUGCCAUCGCUUAUACUUUUGUGAUCCUCUCAUCGAUUGCGACGUGUCUUCGCGUCUACUGCCGAGGAUGGAUCGUAAAGGCGUUCGGCGCCGAUGAUUGGCUUGCUCUCAUUGCCCAGUUUAUGUUUAUCGUCUUUUGCUCCUAUGAGAUCACUGGUGUCCGAUAUGGAACUGGACGUCACUUCAAGGACAUCGAGCCGGAGAACAUCCCCAGAGCGAUGCAGAUGUGGUGGACAUGCGAACCGACCUACGUCUUGACCAACAUGGCCAUCAAGGCCAGUAUUGCUAUCUUCUUGUUGCGAAUUUGCAUUACACGCACACACAAGAUUAUCAUCUGGACCAUCACUGGCAUCACAGAAAUCUACAGCUUGUUCUUCUUCCUGUUGUUUGUUCUCCAAUGCCGACCUACGGCACUCUUCUGGCUCCGAUAUACCAGUAACCCUCCUGGAGGCAGUUGCUUGGACGCCUCGGUGGUUGCUAAGGCCUUCUAUGCUUACUCCGCUAUCAGCUGUUUGUCAGACUGGACCUACAGUUUGCUACCCAUUGCCCUGGUUUACAACCUUCAAAUGAGCAAAAGAACAAAGAUUUCUGUCGUUGGUAUUCUGGCCGCAGGCGCUAUUGCUUCUAGUGCAACCAUCAUCCGCUUCCCUUACCUCUACUCCCUCACCGACAUCGACGACUUCCUAUACUCUACCUCAGAUGUCGCUAUCUGGUCUACUGUUGAGACUGGUCUUGGUAUCACUGCUUCAGCUGUCGCAACACUUCGACCUCUGCUCCGUAACUUUCUUGGUCACGGAUCAUCCGCAGAUGGACAGGGAAACUCAGCCAGGCCUUGGCAGCGAACAGGUAGCAACCAUCCAACAGGAGGCUACCUUCGCAGCCACGGCCAGAACGGCGAGGAGGCUUUUGAUCUGCACGAUAAUGCUGGCAAGCGUAUUGGAGUCACCACCAUCAUCGACCACGACGACAAUUCAGAUGGUAAUGCCGAAACAGGCAAGCAUGGAAGUAGAUCAGAAGCUUCUGACUCUGUUGCAGAGUUACAUGGCUGGAAUAGCAGCCAGUCAGAUCUGGCGGAUGCCAAUGGCCAACCACGUGCUCAAAAAGGAUGGAAUGUGUUGGUCAAGAAGACUGUUGUCCAAACUCGAGGAUCAGACCUUGCAUAA